GGAGAAGAGUGAGUGUGAAUCAUAAUUAAUAUAUCAGAUAUAAACUGAGAUUUAAAAAAGAAAUGUGUUGGCACAUAUAUUAAUAAUUUUUAAAAGCUUUACUUUGAUUUUGACAAGGCUGUAAACAAAAGUUCUUAAAUAUUCGUUAAUUAUGAAACAAAAAGUCAUACACCAGAAAAAAAAAAUGUUCUGUUUGUUUGUAUUUCUUUUCGACUAUUUUGAAAAUAAUUAUCAAAUGGUUUAAUUGGUAAUGUGGGUAUCUUUCGAAGAGUAAUUUUAAUAGGGAGUUUAAUUAAUUGAAAGUCCAUUCAGCAGAAUACAGAACAUUUAUUAUAUUGUUUUUGAUGCAAUGAACAUCACCCACAAAGUAACAUUUUAUUUUCUUGUAAUGACUCACUGAAAUCUAUAAAUUCAAUAAAAUGUUUCUGAAAUGUCGAAGGUGGCGGCAUAAACUGUUUUUCAAUAUUUUUCCCAGAUUUAUCUUAGGUCUUGCAUUCAUUUAUAUCUACUGUGAAUAUCUUAUCUAUUAUGUUACACAAAUACAGUGUGGUUGGCCCACUCUCAGCAAGAAUCCAACAGAUAAUGCAGAGCCUCUUUAUGUGAUGGUGUUGGCUGAUACUCAUUUACUUGGUUCUCGUAAUGGCCACUGGUUGGAUAAAUGGAGACGGGAAUGGCAAAUGCACAGAGGAUUCCAAACAGCUAUGACUCUGCAUCACCCUGAUGCUGUAUUUGUUUUAGGUGAUUUAUUUGAUGAAGGCAAAUGGUGUCCUGAAAAAGAGUUCAAUAAUUAUGUGGACAGAUUCCAUAAGCUUUUUAAAGUUCCAGAGGGUACAACCAUGUAUGCUGUUGUCGGCAAUCAUGACAUUGGCUUUCAUUAUAGUAAGAAACUGGAGAGAGAAGUAAGAAUUGCUGGACCUCUGAAAAGUGAUGUGUUUCAUAGGAUAACUCCGCAUUUGGCAAGGCGGUUUGAAAGCAAAUUUGAUGCUCCGCCCGUCCGCCUGGUUACCAUAAAAGGAAAUCAUUUUGUGCUUAUCAACUCCAUGGCUAUGGAGGGCGAUGGAUGCUCUCUAUGCUCUCGCGCAGUCACUGAAAUUGAUAGAAUAUCAGAUAUAUUCAAAUGUAGCACUGGAUCAGCAUUAUGUAAAGGUAAAACAAAGUUAGACAAAUAUAGCAGGCCGAUCAUAAUGCAGCAUUAUCCUCUUUAUAGAGAGUCUGAUAACAUAUGCACGGAGCCAGACGCUGCUCCGCUGCCGGAACGCAAUAGCUUAUUUGAGGAGCGAUGGGAUUGCUUGUCCAAGGAGUCGACAGAGUAUUUGGUGGAGAGUUUGCGUCCUCGCGCAGUGUUCGGUGGGCACACGCACCACAGUUGUGUGGUCCGCCACAGUUUCGUACCCACUGCCAAUCAUAAAAUCGAGUUUACAGAGUACACUGUGCCGUCGUUCUCUUGGCGGAACAGACUGGUUCCAAAAUAUUACUUGUUAACAGUGACACCGGAUGAAGUACGCGUGUCCAAGUGUGGAAUGCCGCGCGAGCGCACCAUGCAAGUGUCGGCAAUACUGAUGGCAAUAUCCCUGUUGCUGUACUUGCGCUUCUCUUGUGCCAACUACACGACUUUCAAUUAUAAACACCUGACUGGAAAGAAGGUUUGACUACUGACUGAUUACUUUGUAUUUAAUUUUUUCAUUAUAAUUAGGUAUAUUAAAAGAAGUUUUAUUUAUUGUACAAUCAAUUCGCACAGGGCCCGCGUGGUGCAUGCAUGGCACCAGUUUUUCCAAUGCUACGGCAAUUACCGUGUUUUAGGGCUUUUGAAUUGAAAAACUAGACAACCUAUGGUCGUGAAUGCCGUUAGUCCAAGGUAAUACAAUUACCCCUGUCUGAAAGUAAUAAAGAUUGUAUUUUUAUACAUAUUUGACACGGCCGACCUCAGAUUUAACUCCUUCAUGACACGGCUUUUUGUAGACUACACGGCUGGCUGAAAAUUUUCGUUGCAUGGCACAUUCUCCCUAUACCUAGGUAACACUGAAAAUAUUUAGAAAAUGAAAACCGGCUUAAAGCAGAAAGUUGCCAAUACUUUUAUUGUUUUUCGAAGUAACAGAUAUUCAAUGGAACCACUGAGAAAAGCAGUGGACCCAUUCUUCCUCAGGAGUCUCUUCUAUGGCAUUUUCGUAUUCUUUCUCCGCAUCUUCAGG